AACAACUAAUUAUAAUGACGAUACAGGAAGCAUAUUGUAGUAUACAGGAAGUCUUUUAUGGCUUUAAAUAUGAUCCGUGCAUCAGUUGAAGAGUAAAGUUGUUUUUAUAACAAUUGUUUAAUGUUUUCUGUUACAAUCAUGAAGUCACCAAUUGAAAAAUUGUUAUUAAUAUUUGUUUUAUGUAUCAUUUCAUCUUCAUAUAUACUGAACGUUAAGGCAGAGAACAAAGUUACGAUAAAUAGCAUUAAAAUCGAUGUCUCAAAUGAAGAUGUGCUCGAAUCUUGGGAUGCUAGUAUUUCAAAUAAUCUAAUUAAUACAACGCCUAAAAUAAAAAAGGAUUGUCCAAGUUCAUUAGAAAUAGAUAUCAAAAUAUAUCAAGAUGACCAGUUGGUAAGCCAAAUGACAAAGCAGUCAGAAAAGCCGUUCAAGGAUUUGGAAAAUGCUAAUUUAUGUGCAUCAGUUGAAUAUAUAGAUGAAGACGAUGCAUGUUCUGUUGCACCGGGUGAACAAAGUGCUUCAGAAUGUGAUAUAAGCUCGUUGUUAAACAGUAUGAAUCCUGGAAAUUACAAAACUAUAUGCGAUUUGAAGGAAAGUGACUCUGUAUUCGCUACUGCGACAUUGGAGAUAACAGUAGAAGCUGAAUAAAAGUAAGAUAAUUGAUAUCACUGAGGAUUAUUAUUACAUUUAUUUUGACGUUUACAACAUUUAACAUUACUAAUUAUAUGUAUUAUUACUUGUUGCUUGUUUAAUAUUGCAACAGAAACAUUUUAUCUUCCAAAGAUUUUAUCUUCCAAACUAAAUAAAAAUAUUAGCAUAGUUA